AUGAUUCAGGUCUCUGUUCCAAAGAUGAUGCCGGGAUAUGUGCUACUUAUCAUGUUAUCAAGUUUGACGGGUUUUUCAUUGUUUUUUUUUUUUAAUUUUUCAGAUGGGAAUGAUUAUCUUCAAGUUAUUGAUAAGCAUUGUAAACUCAUUGGAAAGUAUCAACAGAAUGUCACAAAAAAUUUACCAUCAGACAUUAUUCAGUGCUUUCUGAAAGCCUGUUUAUUCCCAUGUAAAACACCAGUACGCCGACCAAGGCAUGCAGUGCUCAGGAAUGCAACAUUACUGAAAUUCACAAAAAGCCCUUAUUUAGAACAGAAAUUUCACCACCUAGGUGUUAACUUAGUCGGCUCCACUAAUACAGUUUCCUUAGAGGGCAUAAAAUGGAGGACAUGUCAUUUUUGUCACAUACGAGCUGAACAACAACUUUUAUUUUUCUGCCCAAUGUGCCAGGCUGUAUUAUACUGUUCUGCUGAGUGUCAAAGUCAGGAUUUACAAGGAAACUCCUCACAGUCUCACAGCUUUUGGUGUUCAAAGUUCAAAUCCUACAUGAAAGACACAGAGAUCACAGAAUUUCCUUUUGAAUUUUCUAAAGAAACUUGUUCUCCUGAUUUUGAUGAGAUGCAAUACAGUGAAUUCCUUCAGAAUAAUGGAGUAUUUGGAGAAGGAUGCUGGAGAAGAGAGGGAUUUAAUCCAGCUGAGGAAGUACAAAAACACCGUUAUGGUAGAUAUAUGGAUUUAGAUAACCCCUAUAUCCUUCCUGUGGAAUCCUGUAUGCUGGAUGGUCAGGUCUGUGUGGAUUCUCAGUCAGCUGUAGUGGACUGGAGUAGUUAUUACAGAUGUAGGGGAUUAGAUCUGUCCUCCCCAAUUGCUGUCCUCCUACAGUGGCCCCUCACUGUGUUCUACAUCAUUAAAUACCUGCUGAAUUUUGACAAUGUCAGACAUCCAUCUGAUGGCCAGAUCUACAUUGAUAUUGUUGGAGUAGAGAAGGAGGUGGAACUUAUUCCAGUGUUCAAAGAGCUGGGAUAUCUGCUCAGUGACCUUGUCAUCAGCAUACAUAUGUUUGGGAAACAUUUACACCAUAAAGUUAAAGAGAAAUCCUGGACUUUCUCCAAUGUCACAAUUACAGUUCACAAUCAGUUUUAUCAUAAACAUGUCUCACAAGAAAGAAUACCUACUGUUGUUAUUGGCUUCAAUGCUGGCUUGGCUGCAUAUCCUUCCUGGAUUCCAACCAUCACCAAAUUAAAGGAUAUGAAGACUCCAACAUAUUUUACAGACUACUGCAGAUCAAGUAUUGAAUUAUCCAAGAUGAUGCUGCAGGAUCACUCAGGGAUCAGCAUCUCAGCUCCCAUAUUGAAUCCCUUCAGAUCUCCAAUUAGAAAAAUCAGCAGUGAUCAUGAGCUUCCAUGCUUCAGCAAUGCUUUUAUAUAUUAUUUAGAAUACAAUACAAGUUAAUUCAGUA